AUGGAUAAGGAUGGGAUAAUGCAUGUAGGAGGCAGAUUAAAUCAAUCCAAUUAUAAUUUUAAUAAGAAGCAUCCUAUGUUAAUUUCAUCAAAGCGUCGUUUGGCUAGGCUUAUUUUUGAAUUCGAACAUAAACGUUUAAUGCAUGCGGGACCACAUUUGUUACUCUCAUCUGUGAGAGAAGUAUAUUGGUCUAUUGCUAGCAGAAAUUUAGCCAAGGCUGUCGUAAGAAAAUGCUUGACAUAUUUUCGUUUUAAGCCGCAGCAGACUAAGCCUAUUAUGGGUGAUCUACCAAGAAACAGAUUGAUUCCUGGUAAAGUUUUUGAUGUAGUUGGUGUUGACUACAUGGGACCACUAAAUUUUAAAGAUAAAAGGGGACGCGGAGCAAGGUUGCUAAAAUGUUAUGUGAGUGUUUCCGUGUGUUUCAUAACGAAAGUUAUUCACCUUGAAAUCGUGUCUGAUUUGAGUAGUGAAGCUUUUAUUUUGGCACUUCGCAGAUUUGUUUCGCAUCGUGGAAAACCUGGUCAUAUUUAUAGCGAUAAUGGCACUAAUUUUAAGGGAGCUAACCGGGAACUAAAUGCUCUUGGUGAAUAUUUAAUAAAUGAGAAAUGUCAUAUUGAACAGUUGUAUUUAAACGAACAGAUCCAGUGGCACUUCAUUCCAGUCAAUUCUCCACAUUUCGGUGGGUUAUGGGAAGCGGGUGUCAAAUCUUCAAAACAUCACCUAAAGAGGGUAGUAGGUAACGCACAUUUUACUUUUGAAGAGUUGACAACUCUAUUGGCCCAAAUAGAGGCUACUUUGAACUCCCGGCCACUUACUCCCCUUUGA